GUCCACGUAGCUCUGACGGGGACAACCCAUCUGCAUGGUCAUGUAGUCACCCCGGCUGCUGGGCACCGCCCGGGUGGGCCUGCAAACGCUAGCAGCUCCUGGAGGUGCAGGGCCCACUCUGCCCACCUCCACACCAGCGCUCUCUCGCCAGGAUGCCCUCCGGCCCGGCCCCAGGUCCAUGUUCAUGUACUCCUCGGUGCCAGUCUCUUCCUCUCUGGGAGCUGGCUGGAGCUGGGAUGGACACCUGAUGGAAGCAUAAAGACUGGAUUCCAAAGGACAGUAUCUGCAGAGGGAACUUCCCAAGAGCAAACAUGCCAAGAAGGAGCUUCCAGAGAGUGGGUGUUCCAAGAGAACCGGGCAGAAGUUGUGCAGCCUUUUACGACCUCACCUCAGAAGUCAUAGAGCUUCAUUUCUACGGUUCAUCUAUCUGUAUACCUCUCCAGCUUCCUAAAAUCUGACCACAUUUUCCCAUCCCUGGGCUGUUUUUCUGGUAUCUAACAAUGCAGCGGAGAUCAAGAGGGAUUAAUACUGGGCUUAUUCUGCUCUUUUCUCAAAUGUUCCAUGUUGGGAUCAACAAUAUUCCACCUGUCACCCUAGCAACUUUGGCUCUCAACAUUUGGUUCUUCUUGAAUCCUUUGAAGCCCCUGUAUUACUCCUGCCUUAGUGUGGAGAAGUGUUACCAGCAAAAAGACUGGCAACGUUUACUGCUUUCUCCCUUUCACCAUGCUGACGAUUGGCAUUUGUAUUUCAAUAUGGUGUCCAUGCUCUGGAAAGGCAUAAAUCUGGAAAGAAGACUGGGGAGUAGAUGGUUUGCCUAUGUCGUCACCACAUUCUCCCUACUCACUGGGGUAGUGUACCUGCUUUUGCAGUUUGCUGUUGCUGAAUUUAUGGAUGAACCUGACUUCAGAAGGAGCUGUGCUGUAGGUUUCUCAGGAGUUUUGUUUGCUUUGAAAGUUCUUAACAACCAUUAUUGCCCUGGAGGCUUUGUCAACGUUUUGGGCUUUCCUGUACCCAACAAAUUUGCUUGUUGGGCAGAACUUGUGGCUAUUCAUUUCUUCUCACCAGGGACUUCCUUCGCCGGGCAUCUGGCUGGGAUUCUUGUUGGACUAAUGUACAGUCAUGGGCCUCUGAAGAAAAUCAUGGAAACAUGUGCAGGCAUUUUUUCUUCCAGUAUUGGUUACCCAGGACAGCAGUACUACUUUAAUAGUUCAGGCCACUCCGGGUAUCAGGAUCAUUAUCCAUAUGGCAGGCAAGGUUACUAUGAAGAAGCACCCAGGAACUAUGAUAUGUACACAGCAGGACUGAGUGAAGAGGAACAACUGGAGAGAGCUCUGAGAGCCAGCCUCUGGGACCGAGGAAAUACCAGAAACAGCCCUCCGUCCUAUGGAUUUCGUCUCUCUCCAGAAGAAGAAAUGAGGAGACAGCGGCUUCACAGAUUUGAUGGCCAGUGAGGUGGCUGAGCGUCUUAGGAAGAUGUGGUCCAGUUGUGUGCUUAUUACCCAUUUGGUUUAUUCUCCAAGCCCCUAAUCCAUUUUAAACAAAAGCAGAGUACACUGUUGUGGCCCCAUAUUGUUCACAUCUGCCUUGGGCCAUCAUCCUACAGUCAUUGUGAGUCUAGAUUCACAAGCCAGAUUGGCUGGUCUUUAGACCAGGCUUGCUGAGCGCAGCCCACAGCUUUCUGGGAGCAGCCCUUCUCCUGGCACUGUUCUCUCUCACAAACAGAAGGCCCACUUUCUCAACAAAGGGACCACUAACACACUCCUAUCUCUCUCUGCUGACUCAGUGGUGCCUCUGGUUUGUCUUGCUCUGGAAGACUGUGACCUUCACCAGGUUUUGUUUCCACCAGUUGAGAAGAUCAGUUCCUCAUUCUGCCUGGAGUGCUCAGUGUGUGACUUGGCAGAAGGGUAGGAGCCAUCCCCUCAUCCUGCUGGCACGUGGCCAGGGUGACUGUCCAGGAACAGGCUGUGGCUGCCUUUGCAGCAUGUUGUUCUCUUCUCCCUUACCCAGGUACAUCGUCUUUCGGGCCCCAUGCAUCUGGGAGGUGUUCACUGUGUACUUUCUUUGCUCCUGUACUGCUCUGCCUUUAUAGAAUGUUUUAUUGAAAAAGCAGAAGAAAGAUUUAAGGUGGGGAAAACAGCUGUAUUCUCCAUCAGCUAUCAGGUGACACCAGCAAGGAGGGGCAGUUUACAGCCGCCCCUCCAGUGACAAUGUGUGUACCCAAAACAUAGGACUUGAUAUUAAGUAAUCAGCAAAGCAGCAGCAGGUGCCACACACAGAGCAAAGGCAUUUAGUGGAUUGGUCACUAGAAAUCCUUCUUGCAGAAAGUAUUUUCUCCCUCAUAAAAGUGCCUCUUAAUUGGCCACUGUAACAGCCUCUUGUCCUGGCUAAGUGUCCAAAACAUACCCCUGGGCCCUGUAAUGUUAUAAUGCACAGACCGUCUGAGUCAUUUAAGGCAUUUCCUGGUGCUUGUGUUUUCGUGAAUAAAAGGACAAAGUCAAA